AUGGACUCUUCGUUGACUUUGCUCAGCGCGAAUAUCCGAAUUCUGGACACGCAGCUCGCCCUCAUACACAUUCCACUGCACUUGUAUCGCAACUUUCUCCAGUCCAUCCUCCAGCUAGUGUUGCCUAAUGCAACUCGCAGCGGCCUCAAGAAUGCAUCUGGUGCCGUUCAGCCUCUCAAAGGCUGGCCUUGUGAACAUCCAUUUGUCAAUAUUUCCAUAACGCCCGUGGAAUGCUCUAUAGUAUGUUCACGAGCGCUUGCCAUUGAGCUCUUUGUUUCUGUUCUCAACUUGCUCGAUCCGCAAUCGAGGGAAUCUGUCAACAUUACUACAGAGGAUUUUGUGGUAAUGCAAGUUGAUGGCGAAGGAUUAGACGCCGGACAGCGCGUUUUGGAACUUACCAGCCCUCUUGCUCUUGCUGGAAUUCCCAUCUUCUUCAUCACCACAUAUUUCUCCGACUACAUCUUGGUUCCGCUACGCCAUCGCUCCCAGGUAGUUCAGGCCCUUGAAGAGCGCGGUUUCCAGUUUGAAAAAGACACAUCUUCCUACGUCAACUCUUUUUCACACGGCCGCAAGCACUCAGCUACGUCCCUAGAAGUCCAACCUCCGAGCACCCCUCCACCAACUACGAUUUCCGAGCUUCAAACUAGGACGUUUUCCACGCUCAAACGUCGCAACAUUGUCCCUACCGUUGACUCCAGCAUUCGACUCGUUCAGUGCGCCGGCCGCAGAGACAACCACAGCCGCAACAACAGCACCACGUCCGCCGACGACGCCCUCCACCUCGGCCUCGUCAAAUGCCUCAUAACGCAACCCUACCCGAAAUUUUUAUCCCUCACGCUAACAGACACGGAAUCCGCGGCUCUCCUCUUUGACCACACGCUCCUGCCGCAUUUCGUCCAAGACACGCUCCUCGGCUCGAGAGACGAGUUCCUCACCCCAAUCACCCUCGAUCUCCGCGACUUGCCCAUGGAAAGCACGGGCAUCGUAUGCGGUGUUGCGGGUCGGCUGGUGGGCGAAACUACGGGCCAGCUCAAGGAACCUGUUGAGAUGAGUUAUUUGAGUACGGCGAGAGCGGGAACCGUCAUGGUGGCCGAGGAGGAGCUGGAACGCGCGCUUGACGCUUUGCGCGGUGCGAGUGCAAAUGGGGUUGCGACAUCGAACGAAUGA